CUGGGGUGAGCCGCAUCUCCUUCUGGCCUGGUGACCCUGAGAUGAGUCUGCUAGUGGUCAGGCCUAAUGGGACGGACUCCAUUUCCCAGGAGGCCAUGCGGGACGCCAUUGCGUCCGAGAAGCUGAAGUCCAACAGCCAGCCCCACAUCAGUGUGGUGGUGCAGCCCGUGGCCCCUGGCCUGCAGCAGUUUGUGGAGGAGACCUCCAGGGGGUGUGACUUCAUGGAGAGGGUGUCGGUGGACGACCCCGAAUUGGACGCUGGGGACUUCUACAGGAAGCAGAGGAGACGGAACCUGGACACUUUCUCCGAAGAAUUCCUAAUCCCACACGAACAGUGCCACCGUGACAUUCUCACCAAAAUAGGUCUGGAGAACUUCUGCACGGAGCCAUACUUCUCCAACCUGCGUCAGAACAUGAGGGAGUUGGUCGGGGUUCUGGCCUCAGUAGCUGCUAGUGUGCCUCUUCUCCAGCAUGGAUUCUACAAGAAGGACUCCCAGCCUGCAACCUCAGAGCAGCCCCAGCCUCAGGGAGUGUCCCAGGAGAUUGCCAGACACUGCAUCGUACAGGCCAGACUGUUGGCCUACAGAACAGAGGACCCUAAGGUUGGGGUUGGUGCUGUCAUUUGGGCAGAAGGGAAAUCAGGUGGUUGUGAUGGCACGGGGCGGCUGUACCUGGUGGGUUGUGGGUACAAAGCCUACCCAGUGGGCUCAGAGUACGGACAGUACCCCCAGAUGGACACCAAACAGCAGGACCGCCAGAGGAGGAAGUACCGCUACAUCAUCCACGCUGAGCAGAACGCACUCACCUUCAGGAGUGACGAGAUCCGCGAGGAGGAGAACACCAUGCUUUUUGUGACUAAGUGUCCGUGUGAUGAGUGUGUCCCUCUGAUCCGAGGAGCUGGGAUCAAGCAGAUCUACACCACUGACCUGGACAGCGGCAAAGACAAGGGAGACAUCUCCUACCUCAGAUUCCAUGGCCUCCAAGGAGUCCUGAAGUUCAUUUGGCAGAAGUCCUCUAGCCAGGAGUGUUGCUGAACAUGCUGGUCUUCAUCUAGCCAAUGGAUGUGAGGGGAAGCAUGGGAGACAGCCUGAACAAGCCCUUCAAUCCAAUAAGAGGUUACGGUCGGCAACAAAUCCAGACCUUUCUCCUGUUUGUUGAACAAUGGUACCUGUAGCUUUCAGUCUGGUUUCACCAGGCUACGGUCCCCAGGCUCUUGUUGGCAUUGGAAACGUUUAAUUUAUCCAAUCGCAUAUUGAUCAGUGAUUCAAGUAAGGAAGGAUGCAUUUUAACUUCUUGACGCACCCAUCCCGUUAGCGGGAUCAUUUUCGUCAACAUCCGCUCAAUUGCAGAGUGCUAAAUUCAAAUUAAAUUACAAAAAAUAUUAAAUGUUCAUGAAAUCAC